CGCGUCGACUCGUUGCGGCGCGGCGUGGCGUACGUUGGCCUCGAACGGAGAAGGGAGACUCGGGAGAGAGAGAAGCCGUCUCGGCCAUUGCUGUGUUCCUACGCUCCAUUCUAUAGUAUAGUACGAUUGUACGCGCCUGUAGUAUACGGACCGCGGCUUUGUGAAACUCCACGGAACCGAGUAGCGCGAGUUGCGAGCGAUCGUGACGUCCGAGCAUACGUGAAGUGUCGUACGCGUUCCGCUGUGUUUGUAACCGUGCGCGAAGCCUCGUUAUCCUCGCGGGCGAACGAGCAGCGAAACGUCGAACGCGAAACGUAAACCCGCUCGAUACUUACAACGCAACGUUCGCGACACACAGUCGCGAAACGAAACGGCAUAACCGAGGUAGAGAGCCGAUCGACGGAACAAAGCCGUGCGUGGCGGAGCCAGCUGCGCGGAAAGGCCAAAGCAAGCGUCGCCGCUCACAGCAAUCCGGUCGUCCAAAAUCGAUUCGGGUUCACAAGGGCAUCUUUACAAACAUUAAGAAAAUGACUGGAUGCAUCGAACACUACACGAUUCCUCAAAGCCGUUUGCCACCCAGUUCACCAAUAACGUCUCACUUAUUUUUCGACGAAACAGAUGAUAUCGGUUGUGCCGAUUAUCGAUUUGAAUCCACCCGGAGGGAAAGCUUCAAAAACUGGCCAUGUUUAUGGAUAAAGCCAGAGAAACUCGCGGCCGCGGGUUUUUAUUAUACUGGAGAGAGCGACAAGGUAAAAUGUUUCGAAUGCCAGAUAGAAAUAUGCGAAUGGCAGGUGGAUGACAAUCCGAUGGCCGAUCAUCAACGGUGGUCUGGGAGGUGUAGGUUUAUUCGUAAUAUUCCGUGCGGCAAUGUGCCGAUCGGUACAGAUCCUAACACGAUUCCGGCACCUGUGCCUAAAGGAGUGGAUGUAUGUGGACCUUAUGGUUCGAUAUAUAUGCCUUACUCUGGACCAGACCAUGAGGAGAUAGAAGAAAGAGUAAAUUGUAAAUUGAGAGGGAUGGCCUCAAGACCGAAGCAUCCCGAAUAUGCCAGUUGUGCUGCGAGAUUAGCCUCGUUCGACAGAUGGCCUAAAGCAAUGUCGCAAACUAAAGAGACACUAGCAACUGCUGGUUUCUAUUACACGGGAAGUGGCGAUCAAACAUUGUGCUAUCACUGUGGUGGAGGAUUAAGGGAUUGGGAGCCAGAAGAUGAUCCCUGGGUAGAGCACGCCAAGUGGUUCGAAUACUGUCCUUAUCUGAUUUUAACUAAAGGGACGGAAUUUGUAAGCAGCAUUACCGGGAGAACGUACGUCGGAGCGGAAAAUAUACCAUCUGCAAUUAAUAAAUUGGGUGAGAAAAUUGAGAAAGAUAAUGAUGCUGAGAGUAUUGCUAGCGGAAGCUCUCAAAAUUCGAUCUGUUCUGAAGAAACUCAUACUACAGAAGUAAGUGCCGUAUCAGGAGAGGCUAGCAGCGAAGAACAAUCUGUCCAAGGUGAUAAGCCAUGUGACAAGGAUGCAAGAUCAUGCAAAAUUUGCUACAGUAGAGAAGUACGGAUCGUAUUUAUGCCGUGCGGACAUUUAUUGGCGUGUGCGGAGUGUGCGAAAAAUAUGAAAAUAUGCGGCGUAUGUCGUAAGCCUGUUGAACGUACUGUACAAGCGUACAUCUCAUAGUGUCUUUAUCCAUGUGAUAAAUAAUCUGCGGAUUCUGCUGUAAAAUUUUCUACUUAUCAUCAUUAUAAAGACUGAUACUUUCAAACAAAACUGAAUGGCAGGACUCAUGUAGCAUACCGGUCAGCAGGUACAAACUAUACAAUGUUGAAACUCUCGUUAAUGAAACAUUAACUUCACGGUUGUCGUGGUUCUCAAUAGAAAGGAUUUUCUAUUGAGACCACAAUUCUAUCUC